AUGUACCCAGAAAAAAUUCGGUUAUUGAAUUAAAAAGAAACAGAAAUUUUAAUUUUUUUCGAGAAUCCGUAAUAAAAAUCACCAGAAGAAUAAAAAUAAACAAUCAUGAAUCGUUUUCUAUCAACGAAAACAUUGUUAAAUCGUUCAUUUGAUGGAUUAAGAUUUCUAUCAACACAACCGAAAAUUACUACACAUUAUACAAUACAUCCACGUGAACAGGAUCCAAGAUGGAAAGAUAUUGAUAUGGAACGUGCCGCUGAUGAAACCGAUGUUGUCAUCGUUGGUGGCGGUCCGGCUGGUCUAAGCGCAGCAAUUCAAUUAAGAAAACAUGCCAUUGCUAAUGAUAAAGAAUUAAAAGUAACAUUAGUGGAAAAAGGUUCUCAAAUUGGAAUGCAUAUAUUAUCCGGUGCCUGUAUUGAAACACGUGCCUUAGAUGAAUUGAUUCCGGAUUGGAAAGAAAAAGAUGCUCCAUUAAAAACUCCUGUAACUGAAGAUGCUUUUGGAAUACUUACAAAAACGGGUCGUAUACCCGUUCCAAUUUUGAAAGGAAUGCCAUUACAUAAUCAUGGAAAUUAUGUUGUUCGAUUAGGUCAUGUUGUUGAAUGGCUAGGUGCACAAGCUGAAGAAUUAGGAGUUGAAAUAUAUCCUGGUUAUGCAGCUGCUGAAAUCCUAUAUGAUGGUGAUAAAGUUUGUGGUAUUGCUACUAAUGAUGUUGGUAUCGCUAAAGAUGGUUCACCAAAAGAUUCAUUUGAACGUGGAAUGGAAUUACGUGCUAAAUGUACAAUUUUUUCCGAAGGAUGUCAUGGUCAUCUAUCCAAACAACUUAUUCAAAAAUAUGAUUUACGUAAAAAUGCUCAACAUCAAACAUAUGGAAUCGGAUUGAAAGAACUUUGGGAAAUCGAUCCAUCAUUACAUCGACCCGGACGUAUUGAACAUACUAUUGGAUGGCCAUUAAAUUAUAAAACCUAUGGUGGUUCGUUUUUAUAUCAUUUGGCUGAAGAAACGCCAUUAAUAGCUGUUGGUUUUGUUGUUGGUCUUGACUAUCAAAAUCCAUACCUAUCACCAUUUAAAGAAUUUCAACGAUUCAAAUUACAUCCAUCGGUUAGAAAAUAUUUUGAAACUGGUAAACGUAUCGCAUACGGUGCACGAGCUUUGAAUGAAGGCGGUUUUCAAUCGAUUCCAAAAUUAACAUUCCCUGGUGGAUGUAUGAUCGGUUGUAGUCCAGGAUUUUUAAACACACCGAAAAUCAAAGGAACCCAUAAUGCAAUGAAAAGUGGAAUGUUAGCUGCAGAUGCUAUCUAUCAGGCAUUUGAACGUGAUGAACUAGUACAUGGAUUCGAACCUGUUGAAUAUGAAAAAUCAUUGAAAAAUAGUUGGGUAUGGAAAGAAUUGAAAGCUGCACGAAAUGUACGACCAUCAUUUGAUACAUCAUUAGGAAUGUAUGGUGGUUUAGCCUAUACUGGGUUAUUUUAUGUUGCACUUCGUGGUAUGGAACCAUGGACAUUCAAACAUGGACCACCAGAUUCACAGCAUCUAAAACCGGCAAAAGAAUGUCAGCCAAUUGAAUAUCCAAAACCUGAUAAUCAGAUUACAUUCGAUCUAUUAUCAUCGGUUGCAUUAACAAAUACUAAUCAUGAAGCCGAUCAACCAGCUCAUCUAACAUUAAAAGAUGAUAGUAAACCAGUUGAAAGAAAUCUAAAAAUAUAUGAUGGUCCUGAACAACGAUUCUGUCCGGCUGGUGUUUAUGAAUAUAUUAAAACCGAUUCUGGUGAUGAUCGAUUACAGAUUAAUGCACAAAAUUGUAUUCAUUGUAAAACAUGUGAUAUAAAAGAUCCAUCACAGAAUAUUAAUUGGGUUACACCGGAAGGUGCCGGUGGUCCUGCUUAUAAUGGAAUGUAAACAUUAAAAGUAAAUGACAUUAUAAUAAUUGAAUAAAUCAAAAACGAAUGUGCUUGUAAAUAGAUGAAAUAAAAA